UCCCAGAUACCAGCACUGUGCCCAGUUAGAAGGUGAUUUCAUUCUCCAAUGUGUUGAACUUCACUGUAACAGUGUGAUGUCGGAUCGCACCUUGGCAACUCAAGUGAUCUCAUCUCAAAUGUUGUCCUUCACCCACUGAUGGAUUUUUAACUCUUUUCACAGGUUAAAAUCGACAAGGAAUUUGUCUAUGGGAAUUCAAACACAACACGCCAGUUGUGCUGUCUCUGUCUAGAUAUUUAAGGAGCAAGUGAUUCAAUCCGCCAUCCUUCCUGCUCAGACUGUGGGGAGGGAUUCACUCGGUCAUCUGACCAACUGGCACGUCCGUCAUUUUACACAGGGGAGAGACCGUUCACCUGCUCAGACUGUGGGAAUGGAUUCACUCAGUCACCUCAACUGAAACUACAUACUAUGCAAGGCCAUUCAUCUAUUCUGUGUGCGGGAAGGGGUUCAGUCGGUCUUCCCACCUGUGGACACAGCAGGCAGUUCACACUGGGCAGAGGCUGGUCAUCUGCUGAAUUUGUGGGGAAGGAUUCACUCAGUCAUCUGGCCUAAUGGCUCACCAGGGAGUUCACACCGGGCAGCGGCUGUUCGCCUGCUCAGACUGUGGGAAGGGAUUCACUUGCUCAUCCACACUAAAGGCACACCAGCGAGUACACACAGGGGUGUGGCCAUUCACCUGCUCUGAAUGUGGGAAGGGAUUCAGUAAGUCAUCUGAUCUACAAAAACACCAGCGAGUUCACACUGGGGAGAGGCCGUUCAUCUGCUCGGACUGUGGGAAGGGAUUCAGUCAUUCAUCCACCCUACACAGUCACCAACGAGUUCACACUGGGGAGAGGCCAUUCACCUGCUCAGAAUGUGGGAAAGGAUUCAGUCAUUCAUCCACCUUACAGAGACAUCAGCGAGUUCACACUGGGGAGAAGCCAUUCACCUGCUCAGAAUGUGGGAGGGGAUUCACUCAGUCAUCUGAUCUACAUAACCACAAGCGAGUUCACACUGGGGAGCGGCCAUUCACCUGCUCAGUCUGUGGGAAGGGAUUCACACACUCGUCCAAACUAUUGGCACACCAGUCAGUUCACACUGGGGAGCGGCCGUUCACCUGCUCAGACUGUGGGAAAGGAUUCACGCUGUCAUCUAAUCUACUGAGACACCAGCGAGUUCACACUGGGGAGAAGCCAUUCACCUGCUCAGACUGUGGGAAGGGAUUUACUCAGUCAUCCAGCCUACUGAGUCAUCAGCGAAUUCACACUGGGGAGAGGCCCUUCACCUGCUCAGAAUGUGGGAAGGGGUUCAGUCAGUCAUCCCAACUACAGAGUCAUCUGCGAUUUCACACUGGGGAGAGGCCGUUCACCUGCUCAGAAUGUGGGAAGGGAUUCAGUCAGUCAUCCCACCUGCAGAGACAUCAGCGAGGUCACACUGGGGACAAGCCGUUCACCUGCGCAGUCUGUGGGAAGGGAUUCACUGAUUCAUCCACCCGGCAGAAACAUCAGCGAGUUCACACUGGGGAGAAGUCGUUCACCUGCUCAGAAUGUGGGAAGGGAUUCACGGAUUCAUCCUGCCUACUGGUACAUCAGCGAGUUCACACUGGGGAGAAGCCGUUCACCUGCUCAGAAUGUGGGAAAGGAUUCACACAGUCAUCCCACCUGCAGAGACAUCAGCGAGUUCACACUGGACAGAAGCCAUUCACCUGCUCAGACUGUGGGAAGAGAUUCACUCAAUCUUCCACCCUACAGGCACACCAGCGAGUACACACUGGGGAGAAGCCGUUCACUUGCUCAGUCUGUGGGAAACGAUUCACUCUGUCAUCUACCCUACUGGUACAUCAGCGAGUUCACACUGGGGAGAAGCCAUUCACUUGCUCAGUCUGUGGGAAACGAUUCACUCUAUCAUUCCAACUACUGAAACACCAGCGAGUUCACACAGGGGAAAGGCCGUUUGCCUGCUCAAAAUGUGGGAAGAGAUUUGCUGGAUCAUCCAACCUACAGAGACACCAGCGAGUUCACACUGGGGAGAAGCCGUUCACUUGCUCAGUCUGUGGAAAGGGAUUCACUCAAUCGUCCCAACUACUGGCACACCAGUCAGUUCACAAUGGGGAAUGGCCAUAGUUAUGAAUCCUCGGGUUUCGUUUGCUUUGGACUAUCAUUUUAAGAGAGAGAGAGAGAUUAAGAAGGCGAAUCAGUCUGGCUUGCAGCUUGUUUACAUCGCUCACGGCUUGUUUUGUUUUAACCAAGGACACAGACACUCAGAGUCAUUCGGAGACGAAGGAGGCAAAAUGGAAGGAUCGAAACAAGGGAACCAGUGGCCAAGGGUCACUGUUUGGAAUUUCCCUAUGCCCACAAGGGUGGGUUAAUUAUCGAUUCAGCGUACAUGAAAUGUGUGGUUGUUACCUUGUUUGAUCCAUAGGAGUGGAUCUAAUUUGGGGUACCCUGUGAAGACUGCUGAUGUGUUAACCCUUGCCUGGGUGUGGUGUGGUUAUUCACUUGAAGCAGAUACCCCUUCUGACAAGUCACCUUCGGUGAUAAAUUAUACGUGGGUUUGGAACGACGACAAAUAAAAUUUACAGCGACUGUUCUCUCGUUUUACAGCCAUGGAACCUGUGGAAUUCGACAUAAUUGCAUUCUCUCAACAUUUACCAUGGAUUACAAAUAUCUCUCUCAUCACCUAUUCUGUGGUUGAACUGAACUUUCAUACUUUGCCAUCUCAAGAUUCCAAGCCUUGUUUCCCCCGAGCUCAAUAGUUUGGGAGUUUUAUUUACACACAUAUAUACACAUAACACUGUUAACUUUUGUUUAUCUUGCUUAUGUUACUGUAUUACAAGUAGAUCCUAAUAAAGAUAGUUUUAACAUCAAAAACAGACUCCAGGUAUAGUCUAUUGCUGCUGGUUCAUUUCUAAAACGUUAUGAUUCGUAACAAAAUUGGGGCCUGCAUCCAGUAUAUGAACAGAUUUGGGGGUGUAUUCAUUAAUUAUCAACUUCAUCCCUUUUCAUUUAUUUGUGUGUGGAAAAUCAGCAGCAAUGGAUGCUGAUAGCUGUCUGGAAGCACCAGCCUCUGAGGCAUUAGAGGACGCCAGAAGGAUUGAGUUGUUGAGCCUUGCUAGAAGGGUAAAACUUGCUAAGGUGAAAUUGACAAUGAGGAGGGCACAGAUGCAGAGGAUAAUAGCUGAACAUUAUGUAUUUGUUGGUGCGUUUAAAGUGGAGGAGUUGGAGGUGUUUCCUGAAAGUAAACCUCGUGAGCUUGAGCUCCCGUACAAGUGAGAAAAAUUAAACUGGCUGCGGAAAGGCAGAGGCAGUUUGAGGCUAGAGUGGCAGAAAAACAGAGAAGAGGCAGAAAAAUAGAAGGAGGAAACAGAAAGACAGAGGCUGUUCGAGCUGCAAAAGAUAAAGAGGUUGCAGCAAAGGAGUCUAGUGUUAGUCUCUGGUGAUAAAUUUGACGAGAGUUGGGAAGUUAAAUUGGUCUCUCCAUUUGAUGAGGCAGAGAUUGAUAAAUACUUUCAGCAUUUUGAGAAGAUUGCUCAGAGUUUAAAGUGGGUUGGCCUCUUCUCAUAAAAAGUGUAAUUAAGGGGAAUGCUCAACAAGCCUAUUCUGCUUUGACAAUUGAUGAAGCAGCUGAUUAUGACCUAGUGAAACAGGCUAUGCUCAAAGCUUAUGAGUUGGUCCCAGAAUCAUACAGGCAAAAGUUUAGAAAUUUGAGGAAAUCUGUGAACCAGACUUAUAUGGAAUUUGCUUAUGAGAAGUUUGUGUGUGUGACCGCUGGUGCACAUGUAAAAAUGUGAAUGAUGAUUUAACAGCUUGAAAGAAUUGGUUUUAAUUGCAGAAUUCAAAAGGUGCGUCCCUGAUGACAUAAAGACGUAUGCCUGUGUUCUGUAUGUUGAAGCACCAAAAAACCCACAGGGUUCUGAACAUUCUAUGGAAGCUUAGUUAAAGUCUGAGGGCUCUGACC